AUGCGUGAUGACGCUCAAGGACACCACCGGCGACGACUACCUCAAUGCUGCGUUCUACGCCACGGUGCUCUAUGCGGCGCUGAAGAAGGAGGAGGAGAUGAAGGAGAGCAAGCAGUGUCUGGAGAAGGCACUCGAGGGAAAGAGCGAGGACUUCCGAAAGGCGAUGAUGGAGAAUCUGGAGAAGCAGUUGAAGGAUUUGCAUUAAGGGUUUUAUGGUUCUUUUGUUUGUUUUGGGAUCCCACGUUUUUGAAGGGCAGAAAGAUUUCAUGUCCUGAUUUGGGGACAGAUAUUAUACGAUUUGCAGAAAUGUCAUCGGAUAUUGGUAUCUACGGGUUGUCGACGCGAGCCAUCAAUUUGGCAUUGAAUUUUGCAGCAAAGGGACUGAGUGUGUCGAUUGGACACCGCUCCUCGGAUUUGAUUAAGGAAUGCACGCACCAAGCCGAGAAGAAGGAUCUUGACGAGAAAAUCACAGGAAAGAAAGAUGUAAAUGGCUUUUGCGAUUCGCUCAGUUCCCCAAAGAAGGUUAUUUUGAUGUCCAAACCUGGAACCAGCGCAGAGAAAAAUUACUCCAAAAUCCUUGCCGCUCUGGAGGAAGGUGAUCUUCUGAUCGACGCCACGAGCGAGGGCUACGAAAUCAACCUUCGUCGUGAGAAGGAAGCAGCCGAGAAGGGCGUGCGUUUCCUGACCAUGGAGAUUUUGGGCACGACCAAAGAGCUCCAGAAGGGAUGCGGCUUCCUGCUCAGCGGCGAGCGCGAAGCGUACGACCUCGUCGAAGGUCCUCUGAAGAAGGCUGCGACCGAGGUGGAGUACGAGCCGUGCGUGGCGUACAUCGGCAACUCUGUGAGCGCUGGAUACGCGGGCAUGGCGCUGUCGAGUCUGGGUCUGGGAAUGGAGCAGCUGGUGGCGGAAGCGUACCAUAUGCUGCACGAAGCGGGCUUCACCAACGAGGAAGUGAGCAAGAGCAUCAACGGGUGGAACAAGGACUCGCUGGCAAGCCCCUUCCUCGAAAACCUGCUGCACAUCCUCAAGAAGAAAGACCAGGACGUGGAGGGCUGCGAGAAGGGCGAGGGAUCGCUCCUCGACAAGGUUCUGGACUGUCCGCUGCCCCGUCCCGACCACUCCACGCUUCUCCGCGAGGGCUUCGAGCACCACGCGGCGAUCGGCGCUCUGACCGCCGCCGUGCAGGAGAUCGCGGUGAGCGCAAAGCGCGAGGAGCGAAGCAAAGCGGCCACGCUGUGGAACGGCCCCGAAUUCGACUGGCAGAAGCUGGACCACGUGCAGCUCAUCGAGGAUCUGCGCAACACGUUCGUGUGCGGGCAGCUGGUGCUCGCGACGCAGACGUUCGCGCUGCUGCGCCGCGCGUCGGAGGACUUCAGCUGGGCGAUGAAGCUGGAGGAAGUGGGCCGCGUGGUGGCGGGCGCGGCGUCGUUCCGCUCGGGAUUGCUGGUCGUGCUGAAGGAGAGCGUGGAGAACGGAGAUUUGAGUUUGCUGCAGAACGAGGCGGUGAGCGAAAUCCUGCAGAAGAAACAGGCGUCGUGGAGACGCGUCGCGGCGCUGGCGGUGAUCGGAGGCGUGUCCGCGCCGGUGGCGACGGCGAGCUUGGCGUACUAUGAUACGAUGCGACGCGAUAAAUUGCCGCAGAACGUGGUGGUGGCGAUGCGGGACUUUUUGGAGGCGAGCAGCUUCGAACGAACCGACUGCGCGCGCGGAAUGACGUACCAUUGCGAGUGGACCAAGGAGACGAAUUGGCUUGUUUGUUGGAACAAACACUCGAUUUGCUACGCUUGUACACGACUUCGCCGGAGGCGGAGGAAGAUAAUCAAGUUCCAGCUGUUCCAUUGCAAGAAUCACAGGAAGCGGCCAACAAGUGAGGUGUUUUUGGAUGAGCUAAGCUGUAGGGGUCACUAUGCCGGAGUGGGAGGUUCUGGGUUUCAAUCCUUUUUCUUGAAGGAAGAAAUCAUGAAGGCGAUAUCUGAGUGUGGAUUUGAGCAUCCCUCUGAGGUUCAGAGCCAAUGUAUUCCUAAAGCGCUUAUGCGAGGAGAUAUUUUGUGCCAGGCACGGUCUGGCAUGGGAAAGACGUGCGUCUUUGUGAUUUCCGUAUUGCAAAACAUCAAGCACUCCGAUCAUGUGCGUUUUUUCCCAUCGGACGCUCACACACAGACCACCUGCGUCGUCUUCAGCCACACCCGCGAGAUGGCGAUCCAGAUAACCCGCGAGUUUAUCCGUCUGGGCAAGUAUCUCCCAGACAUCGUCAUCAAAACGGUCUUCGGCGGCGUUCCUCUCCGCAAAAGCAUGGCCGACAUCAAGUCCGGCUGCGACAUUCUCGUCGGCACGGCGGGCCGCAUCGCGGACUUGGUGCGUCACAAAGCCUUGGACACGAGCCAAUUGAAGUUUUUCGUCGUCGAUGAGUGCGAUCGGCAGAUCGAAACCCUCUCGACGCGCGCAGAUAUUCAGGAAGUGUUCAGAAGCGCGCCUCUGGACAAGCAGGUGUUAAUGUUCACGGCGACGCUCUCUGAGAACGCGAAGGCGUCGUGUUUGAAAUACAUGCGUAGCCCGCUCUGCAUCGAAAUCGACGACAAAAAAUUGACGCUGCACGGCUUGACGCAGUUCUUUACACGUGUCACGGAGGGACAGAAGAAUCGCCGAUUGACGGAGUUCUUGGACAACUCGGAUUUCAACCAGGCCGUGAUUUAUGUGUCCUCCAACGCGCGUGCACGCGCGCUGCAGAAGCUGAUGACGGAGUGGUGCUUCCCGUGCAUUGCGCUGACGGCGAACAUGCCGGUGGAAGAGCGAAUGCGCCAUUUUAUACAGUUUAAGGAGGUCAAGACACGAAUCCUCAUCACGACACAGGUGAUGGGGAGAGGAGUGGAUGUGGAGAAGGUGAAUAUGGUGGUGAACUACGAUUUCCCGCCCAGCAGCAAUGAUUACCUGCAUCGAGUGGGAAGAGCGGGACGGUUUGGCACGAACGGAGUGACGAUGUCCUUUGUGAGCAGUGAGGAGGACGAGAAGGUGCUGGCAGAGGUCGAGAGCCGAUUUGAAACCCACAUGCACGAGAUCAAGGGAGCAAUCACGAAGGAGUCGCUGGUGGUUUAAAGUUGUUGAAC